AUGUCGUGGACAUGCGGAACAUGCUGGAAAGAAUUUACAACCGAACGAGGUCGACAACAGCAUAUGGAUGCAUUAGAUCAUUCGAUUCCCAAUCAUGAAUGUGAUAGGUGUUCGCGUGUCUUCAAUUCCCGCAGCGCCGUCGUUAAUCACAUGAACGCAAAGAAUCAUUGGUAUUACGAAUGCAGUAUCUGCGUUGAGACAUGGCCGACUGAAGAACAACAAAAAGAGCACGAGAUAGAAGAACACUUCUACUGUAAUGAUUGUGACCGGGAGUUUAGAAAUUACAACGAUAUCAAGAUGCAUCUUAACUCGCGCGCCCAUCGCGACAUAAACAUCAAUUGUCCUUUUUGCCACAAGGCCUACACAUGUGCCACUGGCCUUGCGCAUCACAUAGAAGAAGGAGCCUGUCCGAGAGCCCCAAGUCUAAAUCGAGACGAAGUAUACAAGCUUGUCAAAGCCAAAGAUCCAGGCGGCCUUAUCUCCAAGAAGCUGCUCGGGUGGAAAGGUUCUCCCAAGUACGAGGCCACAUACGAUGCAUGGAAUGGAUAUGCCUUCGAGUGUUACCUAUGCCAUCGCCAAUUCGGUUCACUUAGUUCCCUAAACCAGCACCUUAGCUCACCUACACAUCAGCAAAAUCUCUAUCACUGCCCUAAGCGGCUCAGCUGUGGCCGUGAGUUCGUCACACUAGCCGCUCUUAUGAACCAUCUUGAGAGCGAAAGUUGCGGAUACACCAAGUUUGAGAACGUGCAGAGGGCCAGCCAGAAAAUUAUGAAUCCAGACCGACUCCUCAGUUUCGACUAA